AAAUCUAUAAGUGCAGUGAACACGUGCAGCAGUAUUCCUUGUUUGGAUUUUUAUAAAACAGUUUUCCUGUACUUAACUAACCCUUAAGGAGGAGUCUACGGUCACCCCUUGGCACCGCCCCCAGCACCUCGCUGCUCACAACAAGUCCCCACACAUAAAUCUUCUUGUCACAAGCGGGCCUAAUCCCUCUUGAAAAGAAAGCAAGCCCCAACAAUCGCCUUUGAGUAAAUAUUUGCCGAAAGAUCGUAAUACAGAUUCGAAACGGACGAUGAUUUACCACUUUGCUGAAUCACCUGGUGUAACUGCAACCUAGAGUGCGAUGGGAGGUCCGACAGGGAAUGUUGUUAAACAAUCGUGUAUCGGGGGCGAUUUAUGGGCCAGCGGGGGUGAAAAUAGUCGGCUAAGGGAUGCUGAACGAUGCUUAUCUGGUGGCGGUCCUCGAGGUGCUGUGAACGCAGUAUGUGCUGAUGGGUUUCCUAUGGUUCUUCGGAAGAAAGAAGAGACCCUCAUCUUAACUGUCAUAGCAGAAUGGGGCUUUUUACUGGCCAAAGCUGUUGUCCAAGAAAGGGUCAAGAAUUGUUCAAUUGUUCGCCACUCUUUUUCAAAAAAAAAGAUAACAGUGGUUUUAAAGCUUUUAUGGCUUUGCACCUUUGUCAAUGGCGAUACUCUGAGACAUUCCGCAGUGGCCUCUGUAACUGUUCUAAUGAUUCCAAACGUUUCGUCGUACUUCACUACCGACAUCUUCAGUGGUGACUCUGCAAAUGCCGUAGCAGAUGUAGAACCAACAAGAACUUAA